AUCUUCCCCACUUGUCCUCCUUUCUUGCGAAUCCCACCAAACGAAUGAUGCUGGGUGCUGGACGUUGGUUGUUGCGCAGUGCAGCUGCUCUCGGCUCGGCUCGCCAAGGAGCAGCAGCAGCAGCACGUGCGUUGAGCGCGGCUGCAUCGCGCCGGACCUUGUUCGUGACCCCGCCGCAGCAAAGUGAGCAGCAACAGCAGCAGUGGGCAGGGGCGAAGAUUGUUGAUUCCAAGAACUGGAAGGCCAACGUUGAUGCCAGCAAGUUCUUGUGCACUGCACCGGACGCGGUGCAGGAAGAGUUGUGCGCGUAUGUGAAGCCGCUUGCUGCCGGCGCCUUGACCCACGACACCAUGGAUUCGCACAGCGUGGAUCGCAAUCAGCUCAAGCACACGGAGGCGUUCUUGCGCGACAUUGAGGCGUCGCAUCUCAUCAACGGUCCUGCCGCCGCCAUCCUCCAGCCCAUUGCCAACCUCAACUCCAUUCUGGAGAUUCGACUGGCUGCGCUGACCAUGUCGCAGCUGAUGGGCGAGUGUCUGAAGCAGAACGCACAGGGCGAGCGCAGCAUUCUGGUGUUUGAUCGAGACGCCACGCGCCAGAUGGUGGACGGGCAGCGGUACCACCAGUCGCACGAGGGCGGAUCGCUGCACACCGACAACGUGAAUAUCCCGCAGUGCUGGGAGUUUAUGCUCCUCACGUGCCUGCAACCAGCGGUGGAAGGCGGGCAGAGCAUUCUGGUGAGCGCCAGCGCCGUGUACGAGCACUUUCUCAGGACGGACCCGCAGGUGCUGGAGACGCUCUGGCGCGACUUCUGGUGGGAGUACCGCGGGUUCAACGACGCCUUCUACCGCGCUCCAAUCCUGUUCACCAACAAGAUGGGUGAGCCCUGCUUUCGUUGGCUGCGCGAGUACAUGGAGUCUGCGCACAAGCGACUCGGCGUCGCCUUCACAUCAGCGCAGCAGCACGCGCUCGAUGCCCUCACCGCCGUCACGCUCGAUCCUGCCUUCCAGUUCCGCCACACGUUCAGGCAGGGCGAGAUCCUGUUUGCAAACGACCUGCAGCUGUUCCAUGGGCGCACAGCGUUUCUGGAUGCCGCGCCUGCGCAGCCGACGUACGACUUUGAGCACCCGGUCAACCGGCUCAUGCAACGCAACUGGGUGAAGACGGCGUCUGUGUACCGCGACAUCAACCAGAGCGACUACACCAUACCCACGCGCCACCAAGUCACCGCCAUCAUGCAGUCCAACUGAUCUCUGUGUGCGUGCGUGUGCGUGCGUGUGCGUGCGUGU